UAUUGUUUACGUGUUUUGCUCGAAGAGAAUUGUGUUAUUAGGAAAAAAUGUCAUCCUGGAUCACAGGACUGGCGGACAAGGCCGAAAACAUUUUGAACAAGAUAGAUCAGAAUGCGGCAACGGCCCUACAAACGGAGAACACCACUGGAGCAGCGGAUCCCAUGCGCAGGAGCAUGACCAGCAGCACCCAAUCUCUGUCCGUGUCUUUAAAGUCCACUCUGUCGCCAGCGAAGCGUUCGGUUGCCAACAGCUCAUCGAGUGUAAAAAGCGAAGGCGGGAGUUCAGUGGUCACAAAGGACAUGCGCCAAAAUAUGUCCAAAUCCGCCAGUUUCGCUCACAAUCCAGAAGACUCUGGCAGCUCCAUGGACACCCAGGAACUGGCGGCCUUCAAGAUCGCCUUGAAUGAAAUCACCGCCGAAAGGGAUGAGCUUCGCCUGCGUUUAGAUGAACUGGACAACGAGACCGAGAAAUUCGAUUUGUAUCAGCACAGCCAAGUGCUGGAGGCUCUGGUAAAAACAUUGUCUGAGGAGCGAGACAAAGCGGUGCAUGAUCACAACGAGGCCCAGAGUGCCAACAUGGCGUACGUGCACUCCAUCUCGGAACUCGAAACCAAUCUGGCCAAGCUGCAGCAGGAGUACAUGAGCACCGCCCACAAACUGCAGAUGCAAACCAAGGAAACUGAUCAGCAGCGCCAGGAGCUGCAGGAGUACCGCGCCAAGGCUCAGCGAGCUCUCCAAUCCAAAGAUGCACUCAUCGCAGAGCUGAAGGCCAAGCCCGUUGACGACGACGCGGAUCCCAACCUAGUGGCCAAGGACAGCGAGACACGUUUUCUGCAAAUCGAGCACGAAGCACUCAAGCAAGAAUUGGAGCACGCCAACGAAGAACUGCAGAAAGCACGUUUGCAGCUGGAGGAUUACCUCUCCCAGGAGAGACAACGUCAGGUGGAACUGAGCUCUGCUCGCCAACGAGAGGAAUCUCUGGCCAAGGAGCUGCGACAGGCACGGGAACACAGUGUGACCUCAGAAUCCGAUCAGAGAGUCCUCACCCAGGAACUGGCUUCCCUGCGGCAGCAACUCAGUAACCAAAUGGCCGCUUCCGCCACUCGUCUCCAGGAACGGGAACAACAGCUCCAGCAGAUGCGCCAGCGCUUGAGCGAAGAAGCCAGCACCGGAGCCAAAAACGAUUACGAGACCCGGUUAAAAGCUCUAACCCAAUCGCUGGUCGAACGGCAGACUCUCCUGGAGCGAGUCACAAGUGAGCGGAAUGCCCUGCGAUUGCAACACGAGAAGGCGCAGACGCAGCUGCAGCAGAACAUGCACAUGGUUCAGAUAGAGAGCCAGAGAGGCAGCUCCCGCAAUCACCUGCUUAACAGCACAGAUGAUGUUAAAGCACAAUUCCCGAUGCUCAUGCACCCAAGUCCCUUCGACAAUCGGGUGGCCCGUCGUUUUAAGAGAGCCCUUCGCCAGGCGGACUCCAUGGGAAUUCGGGUGGGUACAUUCUUGCGUCGCUAUCCCAUGAUGCGGGUUUCUGUGAUCGUCUACGUAGCUUUGCUGCAUCUCUGGGUCAUGUUUGUGCUACUCUCCACUACGCCAAACUAAUCGAAUCGAACCCAUUUAAUUGAGCAAUUGUUUUAUUUUUAAAUAUUGUAUGUAUUAUAUUUUACACGGCAAAAUUGGAUAUCUAAGGAGUACGAGUAUAUAUCUGUGUCAUGUUUGUGGUUG